AUGAGAUUCUUCGCCGUAGUCGUUGCGUGCCUUCCGGCUCUCUCCUCUGCACACACCAUCGCUCAGCGUGUCCGAGUAAACGGCAACGACAAUGGCGAGCUCGUCGGUCUCCGCGUCCCCAACUCCAACAACCCCAUCACGAACGUGAACGAUGGGAGUAUCGCUUGCAAUAGCGGCUACCGGACGCCAGUCUCGAGCAAGGUCAUCGACGUCAAAGCUGGAGACAAGAUAGGCGUCCAGUGGGGCCAUGUCAUUGGCGGUGCACAGUCUGCCAACGAUGCAGACCAUCCCAUUGCGAAGAGCCACAAGGGUCCGACAAUCUUCUACCUCGCCAAAGUCGACAACGCCGCCACAGCCCAACCCAGCGGUCAAAAAUGGUUCAAAGUCUCCGAAGACGGCCUCGACGGCUCCGGAACCUGGGGCGUCGACCGCAUGAUCUCGGCCGGCGGCUGGGUAGACUUCACGCUCCCCACAUGCGUCGCGCCAGGGCAGUACCUUCUCCGCGCCGAAAUCAUCGCAUUGCACUCUGCCACCAAAGCCGGCGGCGCGCAAUUCUACAUGGGCUGUGCGCAGAUCAAUGUUUCGGGCUCGGGCACCAAGACGGGGUCUACGGUUAGCUUUCCGGGUGCUUACCAGGCGAACGAUGCGGGGAUUUUGGUCAGUAUUUAUGAUGCGCAGGGGAAUCCAAAGGGGAAUGGGUCGCCGUAUAAGAUUCCUGGGCCGGCGAAACUUACGUGUUAG